UUCCCAAGUCCUUCAAUCUUAAACUUCUUCCAUUCCAUUCGAUUCCUUUUCUUAUCUCUUUUUCUGUGUAUUCUUUAUUCCCAAGUUCUUCAAUCUUCAACUUCUUCCAUUCCAUUCUAUUUUUAUUUUAUUUUUUUUAGUUUCUACCCUCUACUCUUCAAAACUUCCACUUUUAAAACCCAUUGCCAUUACCCUUCAAUGAGUUGAACAUCAUGGGCUUUUUCCGGCGACUCUUCGGCGGAAAGAAGCACCGUACUCCUCCAUCCGGAGCUUCUGACGGGUCGGGUUCCAAACCCGGCAAGGACAAAAGGAGUUGGAGCUUCGUUAAACACAGCACCAGGGACAAGUCCAACUCAUUAUCAAACCUCAACCACGACCUUGACCUCUCCACCGACUCCUUGGACGCCAAUAAGCAUGCCAUCGCCGUCGCUGCCGCAACCGCCGCCGUAGCAGAGGCCGCACUCGCCGCCGCUCACGCCGCCGCAGAGGUGGUCAGACUAACCAGCGGCAAUAGCAGCAGGGCCGCCACCGCGGCUCAAGUCCAUCGUCAGUUGGCGGAGGAAGCCGCAGCCGCCGCCGUGAAGAUACAAUCGGCGUUCCGAGGUUACUUGGCAAGGAGGGCACUGAGAGCACUUAGAGCAUUGGUGAAGUUGCAAGCAUUAGUGAGGGGCCACAUUGUAAGAAAGAAAACUGCAGAUAUGCUCAAGCGCAUGCAAACAUUGGUGCGACUGCAGGCCCGGGCACGUGCAAGUCGUGUGGACUUGUCAGAUAAUAUGCAUUCUUUCAAGUCUUCACUUUCUCAUUUCCCUGUCCCUGAAGAUUAUGAGCCCCCAUUCCGUUCCUAUAGUACCAAAUUUGAUGGAUCUUCUAUCCUCAAGAGAUGUAGUUCCAAUGCAAAUUUCAGGGAUAUUGACUUAGAAAGAGCCCGGUUUGAUUCCAAUUGGUUAGAGAGUUGGAUGGAAGAAAGUGUGUGCAACCAAACUGGUGAUGCUUCAUUGAAAAAUGGGCACCCUAAUGAUGAUAAGGGUGACAAGAUUCUUGAAGUAGAUACUUGGAAGCCACACUUGAACACCCACCAUAGUAGCAGCUCAUUUCAGACAGCACAUCAUUACUUGUCUUCUGAUUACAAUAAUGAGAAUUUUAUGGCAUAUAAGUCUCCAUCAAAACGUUCUUCAAAAGUUCAAAAUCCGUGUCUCUCUUCUAGGGAAGUGUUACCACUAGGCUCUCUGAAGUUCUACAAAGGAAAAGAAGAAGUGGUUUCAAGAACUGUUGAGAAUAGUCCACAAGCAUUUUCUGCCUCCUCUAGACUUGGAAGUGGUGGAAGGAGAGGUCCUUUUACACCCACUAAGAGUGAGUGUUCGUGGGGUUUCUUCAGUGGCUACUCGGGUCAUCCCAAUUACAUGGCAAAUACUGAAUCUUUUAGAGCUAAGGUUAGGUCACAUAGUGCUCCAAGGCAAAGGGUGGAGUUUGAGAGAUAUGGUGGUUCAACUAGAAGGUCUCUUCAGGGACUUUGUGAUGCAGGGCCUAAUUCAGAUGGGUAUUCUGAUUUCAGGAGCAAUGCCUAUCCAACCACAAGCUGCUUGAACAUAAUUGGGAGCAGCAAUUUAAGGUGACAAUCCAAGUUUUAUGAACGAAGACAAUUCCUCUCUCGUUUUCGGAAAAGAUAAAAUAAAAUUGGAAGAGUCAUUAUUUUCCUUUGCUUGGGUUUUAUGUGUACGACAGUAGUUGUAGAAUUGUAAGUAUUUGACAUGUACUCUUUUGUCCUUUCACGAUCAAUGGCCACAUUGUUGAAGUUAUAAAUGUAUUGAUUCACAAAUCAAAUGAUUGGGUUUUGCUGAA